CAUUGGCUGUUACACAGAUGUCGCACACGGGAGCCCCGCCCCGCACAGACUGCCCCGUCACAUCCCGAAGGGUACCUGUCCAAGGCGGAGUCCCGGCUGGACGAUCCAGCUCCACACUUUGACCCUCGCAGAAGGAGCCAUGGCCGGCUACGACACGAACCCCUUCGCGGAUCCGGUGGACAUUAACCCUUUCCAGGAUUCAGCAGUAACUCAAAUCACCAGUGUCAACCAUGGGAACAUUGAAGAAUUUAACCCUUUCUCAGAAAAUUCCCGCUUGACAACAAAUCAGAAAACUGUGCCCAUACAGCCUGUGAUGCCUUCUCAGCCUGCCGUUCUACAGCCAUCCAUAGAACCAUCUCCGCAGGCAGUAGCGGCGGCGGCACAAGCCAGCCUCCUGCAGCAACAAGAGGAGCUGGACCGGAAAGCAGCUGAGAUUGAGAGGAAAGAAAAAGAGACCGGAGCAGGGAAUGUAAAUAUUAACUUAAGACAGAAUAACUGGCCUCCUCUUCCUGCUAAGUGCCCUAUCAAACCAUGUUUCUACCAAGACUUCUCUGCAGACAUCCCAGCGGAUUACCAGCGCACUUGUAAAAUGCUGUACUACCUAUGGAUGUUUCAUGCGGUCACACUUCUGCUGAACCUUCUUGCCUGCUUGGCAUAUUUCACCACCAAUAGUCAGAUUGGUGGUGUGGAUUUUGGCUUAUCCAUAUUGUGGUUUAUUUUGUUUACACCUUGUGCCUUUGUGUGCUGGUACCGGCCAAUCUACAAAGCGUUCAGGACCGACAGCUCCUUCAAUUUCUUCGUGUUCUUCAUAAUAUUCUUCAGCCAAAUCGUCAUUUAUAUCAUACAAGCAGUUGGUAUCCCUAACUGGGGAGUCAGUGGCUGGAUAAUAGCAUUAACCAUGAUAUCAAGCAACACUGCAGUUGCUGUGAUAAUGAUAAUUGUGGCAAUAUUCUUUACAACGUGUGCCGGCUUAUCUCUGUUCCUGCUCAAAAGGGUUCACUCCAUGUAUCGCAGAACAGGCGCAAACUUCCAGAGAGCACAGGAGGAGUUUUCACACGGCAUCUUUUCCAAUCGCACAGUUCAAAAUGCAGCUGCCGGAGCUGCAACCUCGGCCGCCAGGGGGGCAUUUCAGCAAAACUGAGCAGCUUGAUUCCAUUACUUAAACCUUUUUUUUACACUUCUGACUAUUUCCCUGAUCCCUUUUUACUUCUUAUCCAGAGAAGAAAUCCAUCAGCUCUAAAGCCGUUUUCUCAGUAAUGCCUCUGUGGUUGUAUCCAGCACUCCACAUAAUACCACUUCCACCAUGAGACUGUAAAAUUCUACAAAUAUGUACAGAAAUAUAUAUUUAGGCAUAAAAACUGAUUUACUUAAUUUUGACCUUUUUAUUUGAGGCUGAAUUAUUUGUCUUUUUUUUUUUUUUCUUUUAUUCAGAAAGGGGAAUGAAUGAUGUAUCUGUAAAACACAAAGUCUGUGGAAAUACUUGUUCUAUGUUGAGACAACCAGAUAUGUAAAAUAUGUAGAUUCCUCUUGUAUGUUUCCUCUCAUUGUGUUUCUAUGUUUGCUGCAGAAGCCAUUUUAUGUACCAGUGUUUCUUUCACUAGAGCCUACUAGAUUAAUUUCAGCUGUCUGGCCAUUCCAGGAAUGAUACUUUUUAAGGGUAGGAUCUCACUGCAUAUUUGACACUGUGAGAGAUUAGCUGGGCAGCAGGAAAUAUGCUGCACAUUUUGCUAUGAGCAGACACACAGGGCUUCCCUGCCGCAGCCCUGUGUGUGCAGUAAGGUUUGGAGAUGGGUCAAGUGUGUCACAGUCACCUUGGCCUGCCUCCAAACCUGACUGCACACACAGGGCUAUGGCAGGGAAGCCCUGAGCAUCUUAUUUUCCGAUGCCUGGCGGAGUAUGCUGUGUAUGUGUGAUGUGUGACCCUACCCUAAGGGUAUGUUCACACAUGCAUAUUUAUUUUGCUGCUGAUUUUGCUACCCAUUGACUUCAGUGGGUGGCCAAGUCCUCUGCAAUCUCUCCCCAAAAUAUGCAUGUGUAAAUGUGUCCUAACGGUACACAAGUGCAGGAUCCGCUGCAGAUUUGAAGUUGUGGAUCUGCAGUUAUAAAAUCCAAUUUUACAAUGCAAUUCUUAUGUAUUUUUGAUUGGCAUGUCAAUAAAGUGAUUGCCUUUGUAAAAUCUGCAACUGCAGCUCCGCAUUUUUAAAAUCUGAAGAAGAUCUAGGGGGAGAUUUGUCAAAACCUGUCCAGAGGAAAAGUUGACCAGUUGCCCAUAGCAACCAAUCAGAUUGCUGCUUUUAUUUUUCACAGGCCUUUUAAAAAAAAAAAAAAAAAAAAAAAAAAAAAAAUGAAAGAAGCGAUCUGAUUGGUUACUAUCGGCAGGUUUUGAUGAAUCUCCCCCCUAGUGUGUAUGAAUGCACCUUAUAUGUUAGGUCUAGCAUCACACUUAGUGAUUUUAGGUGAAAUGGUGCUGCAGUUUUUGAUGUAAAUUUUUGUGAGCUAAGGCCAGUUAAGUAGAGCCAACAGAAUGGGGAAGUGUAAUGAAAAACUGCCACAAUAAGCAGUGUGUGACCCCACCAUCAAAGACCCGUGAUCAGGGAAGAUUAUUAAUUUGUAAGGUUUUCUCACCAUUCACAAUAAAAUGACCAUGUAAAUAUCCAGGCAGGAGCUGUGGAUGGUCUUUUAUAGGUACAAGUUACAAACUAAAUGAAUGUAAAUGACUGCACCAGCUGUGUAUAAUGUUAACUGUUGCCCCCUACAGUGCCUAAUGAGUGAAAAUCUAAAUAAAUUUAUUUUCUACAACGGG